CACACACACACACUUCCUUAAGCACACCUUGUGUUCUGGUCUCCACUCACACUUUGUUUAGCAGCGGCACGGGACGAGUUUCCUCAGAUUUCCGGUUGUUUCUCUGAGGUGCAUGUUCGCCAUGGCUCCGUUCCUGCGGAUCGCCUUUAACGAUUUUAGUUUGGGAAGCCUUCCUCCUUUGGCCGAUACACCGUUCUGUGCCAUCAAGAUGAAGGAGUCCCUCAGUACGGAGCGGGGAAAGACUCUCAUCCAGAAGAAGCCCACGAUGUACCCAGCGUGGAAGUCCAGCUUUGACGCUCAUAUCUACGAAGGCCGCGUGAUCCAGGUUCUCCUGAUGAAGACGGCUGAGGAGCCUCUCUCCGAGGCCACCGUGGGCGUGUCGGUCCUCGCAGAGCGCUGCAAAAAGGGCAACGGCCGAGCGGAGUUCUGGGUGGACCUACAGCCGUCUGGGAAGAUCAUGAUGUCCGUGCAGUUCCUCGUUGAGGAUAUGGACUCGGAGAGCAAGAUGUCAACCAGGGAGAAAGAGGACGACGGGAUUUUAACACUGAAUCGAAGAAGAGGCGCCAUCAAACAGGCCAAGGUCCACUUCAUCAAAAACCACGAGUUUCUCGCCACCUUCUUCAAACAGCCUACGUUCUGCUCUGUGUGCCGCGAGUUCGUCUGGGGGCUGAACAAACAGGGCUACAAAUGCAGACAGUGCAAUGCGGCCAUUCACAAGAAGUGCAUUGACAAGAUCAUUGGGAGAUGCACAGGAACUGCAGCCAACAGCCGAGACACCGUGUUCCAGAAAGAGCGCUUCAAGAUCGACAUGCCGCAUCGCUUCAAGACGCACAACUAUAUGAGUCCGACUUUCUGCGAUCACUGUGGAAGUCUGCUUUGGGGAAUGGUCAAGCAGGGCCUUAAAUGUGAAGACUGUGGAAUGAACGUCCACCACAAAUGUCAGACAAAAGUAGCCAACCUCUGUGGUAUCAACCAGAAACUUCUAGCCGAAGCUCUCACUCAAGUUAGCAUGAAAUCCUCCACAAAGCGUCCUGAUCCCACUCUGUCAGACAUUGGCAUCUAUCAGGAUAUCCCCAAGCGCGUGCCGCUGGACCCCAGUGAUGGCACUGCGUAUGACAAGCUGUGGGAUGGUCACACUCCCACACUUCCCACCGUCCCACACCAAGCACAUUCCAUACGCCUCUCCAUUGACCAGUUUGCGUUCCAAAAAGUGUUGGGGAAAGGCAGUUUCGGCAAGGUGCUGCUGGCAGAGGUGAAGGGCCGCGGCGAGUUCUUUGCCGUGAAAGCGCUGAAGAAGGACGUGGUGCUGAUGGACGAUGAUGUCGAAUGCACGAUGGUGGAGAAGAGAGUGCUCGCGUUAGCCUGGGAAAACCCCUUCCUCACACACCUCUACUGCACCAUCCAGACCAAGGAGCACUUAUUCUUCGUCAUGGAGUAUCUGAACGGAGGAGAUCUGAUGUUUCACAUUCAGGAUAAAGGCAGAUUUGAACUUUACAGAGCCACGUUUUAUGCUGCUGAAAUUAUUUGUGGCCUGCAGUUCCUUCAUUCCAAAGGCAUCAUUUACAGGGACUUGAAGCUGGAUAAUGUGAUGUUGGACAGAGACGGCCACAUUAAGAUCGCAGACUUCGGCAUGUGUAAGGAGAACGUGUUUGGAGAGAAUCGUGCCACCACUUUCUGUGGAACACCGGAUUACAUCGCACCAGAGAUCUUACUCGGGCAGAAAUACACAUUCUCCGUGGACUGGUGGUCGUUCGGAGUGUUGGUUUAUGAGAUGCUGAUCGGCCAGUCACCGUUCCAAGGCGAUGACGAGGACGAGCUGUUCGAGUCGAUCAGGAUGGACACGCCUCAUUACCCGCGCUGGAUCACCAAAGAGUCCAGGGACCUGCUGGAGAAGUUAUUCGAGCGGGAACCAACUCGCCGACUUGGCGUCGUGGGGAACAUUCGUGGACAUGCCUUCUUCAAGACCAUCAACUGGCUGGUACUUGAGAAGCGAGAGGUCUCUCCUCCAUUCAAGCCGAAAGUGAAAUCCCCCAACGACUGCAGCAACUUUGACCGGGAGUUCCUGAGCGAGAAGCCCCGCCUCUCACACAGCGACAAGAACCUGAUCGACUCCAUGGACCAGUCGGCGUUCGCCGGUUUCUCGUUCAUAAACCCCAAGAUGGAGGCCAUUAUGGGGAAAUGAAACGCAACCUUCAGUGCUGUAACCCAGACUUCACCCCUCUCACUCUCUCUCUCUCUCUCUCACUCACACACACACACACACACACACUCAGAGGUUGCUGGAGCUCUCGGGGUCCAACCAGUGUUACACAGCCACCCUCUGCAGGAUCUACACCACAAAUACUUACAUUGACUUGACCGAAUGCACUCUGCUCAAACCUGCUCAUUGUGUAAUGAAGUGCAUUAGAUCAGAAAAAUCCAGAAACCAAUCGGUAUGAACACCUGCUCACAAAGAAAUGUCACUGCGCCCCCUAGGGACCAAGUACUGAAAUAUGGUUAUGGUUCUCUUUUUUUCUUUCUCAUGAUCAAACCUUGCCAUGGAAUGAACUGUAUCUGACGUACUGUAUUUUGGUGUUGUAAUAUAGGAAGAUGUGCAAAUGCUUAAUUUGCAGAUGAAUUGGUUGACGUACACAGGAAAUCUGCUCCCGCUCACACUUCGUUUUCCGAAUGUAAUCCAAAUGGCUGGACUGGGAAUCUUACACUGCGACUCUGGGUUUCAAUACCAGUGAUUUUGUUGACUCAUCAGCAGUGUCGCUCUUUAUAUAGAUAGUUAGUUAGUUUUUCUAGUGUUGCCCUUUUUUAACGUCUUUUUUUUUUUUUUCUUUUACACCUGGGUUUCCCUUCAAACAACAAACAGGAGUGCUCGAUGAAGCUGGAUUCGUUUCAUAAGUUGAGGUUUUUCCACUCGCCUUCCCACCAUCUCCAGAAAUCUCACCUGCUAGUCCAUGAACUCGCUCCUUUGUCCUGGAAACGACAGCCAGGAAGAAAUCAUACUUUUGUCCUUACAGUCUAUGGUACUCAAGAAUAAAAUGUGGGUGGAGGUUUAAGAUCUGCAUAAAUUAAUAAGUGAGAUAGUAUAUAUUAUGUUAUUAAACAUGUAGGUAUUUUUAAAAAAAAGAACUAAGAUUGUGUGUAUGUAUAUAAAUAUAUAUAAAAAUGUAUGUAUAUUGUUCUGAGCUGUUGUCAUUGUUGGGAAGAUAAGGAUGUUUUUUUUAAACUGCUAUUACACUUCAAAACUCAGUAUAAUAAAAACAUCUUUAUCUGAGAAUCUUGGAAUCAUCGUGUGUGUGUGUGCGCAUGAUUUGAACUUUAUUAAUACCUUCUUAAUUCCCAUGUUAAGGAAGGAUUAUUAGCCCUCCGUGAAGUCAUGUUGAGAAAUGAUGAUGAAUGUAUUUUAAAGUCACCCUGAAUUUUAUAAAAUGCAUUAAAAAAUUUUCAUUUAAA